AUGUGGUUCUCACCACUGCUGUUGCUCGGUCUCUCCCUGGCACCGGCCUUCGGCGUCGCGGCUGUUCCAAACCUGUCCGAUGUCUGCACCACCACUUACAUCCAAUCGGCCCUCCCCGCGGACGGCUUCAUCCAAGGCAUUACCCCGUCAUCCACCUCGGUAACAGCCAACCCAGUCACCAACUACACCCUCGCAGCCGGCAGCACGAACCCCAGCAAGACCGGCCUCGACUUCUGCAACGUCACCUUCUCCUACACCCACGCGGGCCGCCCCGUCCCCGUCAACCUCUGGUUCUGGCUCCCCUCCCCGUCGCAGUUCCAGAACCGCUUCCUCGCCACGGGCGGCGGCGGCCUGGCCAUCACGUCGGGCCAGCGCGGCCUCGGCCCCGGCCUCGCGCACGGCGCCGCGACGGCGACCACGGACGGCGGCCUCGGCGGCUGGGGCUCGGACCUGGGCCGCGUCGUGCUGCGCGGCGGCGGCGGCGCCCUCGAUCACGACGCCCUGCAGGCCUUUGGCCACAGGGCCAUCCACGAGAUGAGCGUGCUCGGCGGGGAACUGACCCGGAAGUUCUACGGCUCCGCACCCGAGCAGAGGAUCUUCUCCUACUUCCACGGCUGCUCCGAGGGUGGGCGCGAGGGCUGGAGCCAGGUGCAGCGGUACGGCGGGCAGUUCGACGGUGUCGCGGUCGGCGCGCCGGCGUUCCGGCAGGCGUUCCAGCAGGUCCUGCACCUGUUCAGCGCGGUGGUCGAGAACGCGCGGGGGUACUACCCGCCGCCGUGCGAGCUGGAGCGCAUCGCCAACGACACCAUCGCCGCGUGCGACGGGCUGGACGGGCGGAUGGACGGCGUCGUGGGGCGGACGGACCUGUGCAAGCUGCGGUACGACGCGGGCCAGAGCGUCGGGAAGCCGUACAGCUGCGACGCCUCGGCCGGCAGCGGAGGUGGUGCGCCGCCGCCGACGACGAUGGAGAGGAGGCAGUUUGGUGGCGGUGGGCCGAGACCUGCCGCACAGGGCACCGUCACCGCCGAGGCCGCGGCCGUGGCCAAGGACAUCUGGAAGGGCGUCUUCGACUCCCAGGGCCGGCAGGUGUACGUGUCCUUCCAGCCGUCGGCGAGCUUCUCGGACGCCGCGACGACCUUCAACGCCUCGACGGGCGCGUACGAGGCCACGGUCAGCGGGUUCGGCGUCCAGUACGUCAACCUGUUCCUCCGGGAGGUCAACUCAAGCUCCCUGUCGCUGGCCAACGUGACGACCGACACGCUGCGCGGCUGGAUGCUGGAGGGCAUGCAGAAGUUCUCGGACACGCUGCAGACGACGUGGCCGGACCUGGAGGACUUCCGCGACGCCGGCGGCAAGGUGAUCCACUACCACGGCGAGUCGGACGACAGCGUGCCCGCCGCGUCGUCGGUCAUGUACCACGACGCCGUCCGCCGCACAAUGUACCCUGGCGCGCCGGCCAACGAGAGCUACGCCGCCCUCGACGAUUGGUACCGCCUCUUCCUCGUCCCCGGCGCGGGUCACUGCGGGCCCAGCCCGCUGCAGCCCAACGGGCCUUUCCCGCAGUCUGUCCUGCAGAGCCUGAUUGACUGGGUUGAGGAGGGCGUCAACCCGACGAGGCUUAACGCUACUGUGCUGAGUGGGCCGUCUGAGGGGGAGGAGCAGAAGCUGUGUAGCUUCCCGCUGCGGCCGCAGUGGAAUGAGGAGGUGAUGGACUGUGUAUAUGACCAGGAGUCCAUUGACACUUGGCUUCCUACCUUGGACUCGAUCCCUGUUCCUGUCUAUUGA